CAAGCAUGUGAAAAGUCAGCGAUUUUGGGAUGGAUGGAUGAAGGACAAGAAUACGUGUUGGGUAGACCACAAAUGUUGGUUCAGAAGCCUGAAGCCAAAAGCCAACCCCAUCUCGCUAACAAACCAAAACUUUGAUCAGAAGAACUUACCCUCUUACCUUCAUUCUGAUUCUCUUUCUGCUUAUUUGUUAAGUGCUGUUUUCUGCUUAUUUGGUUUGUGCUCAAUUUCUCGGUGGUUCUUCUUGAUUUGCCCGUCUUGCAGCUUCCGAUAUUGUCAAAGUUUCAAGCUUUUUGUUUCAGUCAAAGCAGCCUGGGAUUUUUCUGGAACAUUAGUUACAUCCACUCCUGGAUCCCGAUUUGUCUUACUAAUUGACAAUGGGGGCCGUAGUGGGAAAGAGCGAAAAUGCUAGAAGGUUUUCGAUACAUGAAACGAAGCUAGAGGCCAAAAUGGUUGAAGCUAUGCAGCGCAGAGCAGCUAAAGGAAGUAUUAUGAAAUCAUUUAACAGCCUCAUCUUGAAGUUUCCGAAGAUUGACGAGAGCUUAAGAAAUUGCAAGGCUAUUUUCGAGCAAUUUGAUGAGGAUUCGAAUGGCAUGAUCGAUCAGGAAGAGAUGAAAAAGUGUUUCUAUAAACUGGAAGUCUCAUUUACAGACGAGGAGAUCGAUGAUCUCUUUGAGGCAUGUGAUAUUAACGAGGAUAUGGGAAUCAAGUUCAACGAGUUCAUCGUUCUUAUUUGCCUCGUUCAUCUUCUCAAGGAUGAUAACAAAGCUGUUCACACUAAAUUGCAAUUGGGAAUGCCGGAAAUGGAGGCCACAUUUGAAACAUUGGUAGAUGGAUUUGUGUUCUUGGAUAAGAACAAGGAUGGUUAUGUCAGCAAGAGCGAGAUGGUCGAGGCCAUUAACGAAACUACUACAGGGGAACGUUCCUCCGGGCGAAUAGCCAUGAAAAGAUUUGAAGAAAUGGACUGGGAUAAAAACGGAAUGGUGAACUUCAAGGAGUUUCUAUUUGCGUUUACUCGAUGGAUCGGCAUUGACGAUCUUGAGGACGAGGAUGAAGACUGAACUGGAGGAAUAGAAGGUUCGAUAAUUUAUAAUAACUGGUGCUUCUAGCAGGAAGUACUUUAAGUGCUUUUUCAGGAUUCACUUGUAUUUUCAUUAAGGAUUGGUUUCAAAAACAUUUUUGCUAGAAGCGCUUUCUGCCUUUUUAAAAGCACUUCCGAACGAUAGAGCUUGUAAAAUGUUACAACGAGUCCUUCGUUGAGAUCACCAUGUAAAUAUUUCACUUGAUAGUGCCUACUUGUGUGUUAUAAGAAGAUCACGGUGAAUUUGUACGUUCAUCGACUUCGAACUGCAAUAAAAUCUAUCAAAGUUGUCAACCA